AUGGAAGCUGUGGAAGCACUGGGGCUCAGAAACCAGACCUACUUCACUUUGCAGGGGUUCUCCCACCUCGCCGCUCUUCAGGUGUUCCUCUUUGAGGGAAUUCUUCUGAUAUUCCUAAUCACAAUGACAGGGAACUUUCUUAUUGUCAUAGUUGCAACCACUGACCCUGCCUUGUACACCCCCAUGUAUUAUUUUCUCAAAAACCUGGCUUUACUUGAAAUUUGCUUUACACUGAACAUAGUGCCCAAGAUGCUUGUUGAUUUGUUGUUUGAGAGAAAGGUCAUCUCCUUUUCUGCCUGUGCCCUACAGCUUUAUUUUGUUAUAUUCUUCAUCACUUCCGAGUGUUUCCUCUUGGGUGCUAUGGCAUAUGACCGAUAUAUGGCUAUAUGCCAUCCCUUGCACUACACCAUAACAAUGAACAGGAGAAUGUGUCUUCAUAUGGUCAUAGCAUGCUGGAUUGCUGGUAUUCCGCUUUCUGCAGGACUCACUGGGUGGCUAUUUAGCUACCCCUUUUGUGGCUCAAAGGAGAUUGAACAUUUCUUCUGUGAUAUCGCUCCUGUUCUGGAUCUGGUCUGUUCAGACACAUACUUAUUUGAGCUUCUUGUGUUCAUUGCUACUGUUUUAAUUGUUUUGAUUCCAUUUAUCUUGAUAGCAGCCUCUUACAUCCAGAUAAUCCGCACCGUUCUCCAAAUGCCAUCUGCGGAAGGAAGACGCAAAGCUUUUUUCACCUGCAUUUCUCACCUGGUGGUGGUGACACUGUUCUACUGCACAACUGGCUUGAUACAUUUAAAGCCAAAGUCCAGUCUCUUGGCAAACAGCAGGAAACUGGUGGCUCUUUCUUACACAGUAGUAACCCCUAUGCUGAACCCAAUGAUCUACAGCUUACGAAACAAAGAAGUAAAGAAUGCUCUGAGGAAGACAUUUAGGAGAAGAGAGUUCUUCAGCAAGGUGCCUCUGCCUAGAUAG